AUGACCCUUCCGAUGGUUGAGAAGUCAUCAACUCCAAGGCUAAUGAGGGAGGAAAAAGGCAAGGCUGUAGAGGAAGAUACUCCCAAGACCCUUCCGAUGGUUGAGAAGUCAUCAACUCCAAGGCUAAUGAGGGAGGAAAAAGGCAAGGCUGUAGAGGAAGAUACUCCCAAAGUCCAAGAACAGGAGAAAGAACCGGUUUACAUUCUUCCUCUGCCUAAGUUAGCGGAUCGAUCCAUCAAGUACCCAGCAGGGAUAUUAGAGGAUGUCCCUCUCAAGAUUGGCAAAUUCUAUGUCCCGGUGGAUUUCGUGGUGCUAGAUAUGGAUGACGACUCCAAAGGGAUAUUAGAGGAUGUCCCUCUCAAGAUUGGCAAAUUCUAUGUCCCGGUGGAUUUCGUAGUGCUAGAUAUGGAUGACGACUCCAAAGUUCCGAUCAUUUUAGGUCGGCCAUUUCUGAAUACAGCGGAUGCCAUAGUGCAUGUUCGGGCUGGUAGAUUAACGAUGAAGAUCGGAGAUGAAACAGUUGAAUUCACACUUGAUCAUAAUUUGAAGCAACGCUCGACCAAUGAUACGGUGUGCUAUGCGGAUAUACUCGAAGCAAUGACGGAAGAAGUGAUGGAAGAAUUCUGUGAAGUUGACCCCCUAGAGAUAUCACUUAUGGCUACGGGAGAAAGUUUAUAUAGCAAUUGGGAAGAAAUCGAGGAGAUUAGACGGGCAUUGGACGAUCGAAAAGAAGAAAAGGAGAAAGAUAUGGCUGAAAACGCAGAAGACACUCAAGCUGCAAUUCUGCAAGUUCUACAACGCCUAGAUGAACGUUUAACACGUUUAGAAGAGGCACCACGAAGAAUGCCUCCCAUUAGGUUCAAUGUGCGGCCCAACAAUGAAAAUCCUGAUCCGGAUCCACUGGAUGCUCAACCACGAAGGGUGCAAAAUCAAAGGGCUCGUGAAGAAGGUGGCGAUGAAUCUGAUAAUUCUGUUCAGAAUAGAAGGAGAAGAAACAAUAGGUACCAAAGGCAAAUUGAGGAGGAAAGUGAUGAAGAUGACGUGCCUAGGAGACCACAAAGAGCUCCAAGGCACCUAGGUACAGAUUUGAAACUCAAACCUCCUACUUUUGCUGGUAAAGUUAACCCUGAAGCUUAUCUCGAUUGGGAGAGGCGGAUGGAGAAUAUUUUCGAUUGCUAUACAUAUACCGAACAGAGGAAGGUUCAAUACGCGGCCGCUCAACUCACGAACAAUGCACUUACAUGGUGGGAAGGAGACGGGAACAGAUCGGUUGAAGAUUACUUUGAGGAGUUUGAACAUCUAAGGAGCCGACUGGAAAUAGAAGAGGAUGAUGAAACCGUCAUGGCUCAAUUCUUGGACGGACUUCAAGACCGAGUUGCUAGAAAGCAAAUAAAGAGGAAGCAAGCAAGCAAUAGCCGACAACGCACACCGACCAUGUGGAAUCCGAAUAUUUCAAAGCCAAAUGACAAGGGAAAGAACGAGGAGCGUGAUGUACACUUUAAAGGCAAAACAACAGAGACUUCAAAGGAAUCCAGAAAUGAUGGUAACAAACAGAAUUCAAUUUCUAACGUCCGUUCUCGUGAGAUAACAUGUUUUAAGUGCAAGGGUCGAGGACAUAUGGAACGUGAUUGUCCAAAUCAACGUGUAAUGAUUAUCACGGACAACGGGGAUUAUGAAUCAAUGGACGAGGCUGAUGUUGUAGACCUUGAAGAGGAGAUAGAAUACCCGGAUAGUGGAGAAUUGCUAGUCACAAGGCGUGUUCUUAACACCAUUGUAGAUCCCAACGAAACUGCUCAACGAGAAACGAUCAUCCACACCAAGUGUACGGUGAAAGGAAAGGUAUGUGGUCUUAUUAUUGACAGUGGUUCUUGUACUAAUGUUGCUAGCACCUAUAUGGUUAAAAAGCUAGGUCUUGAGACAUCAAAGCACUCGCAUCCUUUCAAGCUACAAUGGUUGAACAACCAAGGAGAGCUUAAGGUAACCGAACAGGUUAAGGUUCUAUUCAGCAUUGGUAAGUACCAAGAUAAAGUUUUAUGCGAUGUUGUGCCAAUGCAAGCCGGACACAUGCUGUUGGGUCGACCUUGGCAGUUUGAUCGAGAGGUAAAGCAUGAUGGUAGGACAAACCAUUAUUCUCUUAUCUUUAACAAGCGUAAAAUCUCGUUAGCACCUCUUAGUCCAUCACAAGUACAUGAAAUGCAACUUAGGCUGUCUAGAGAAAGCGAAACUGAUAAGAAGUCUAAUUUUUAUCUUAAGGCUAAUGAGGUUUGCAAGGCUUUGAGCAAUCAAAGCCCGGUGUUACUAAUGGUCUUCAAGUGUAUGAUUAUUUCAGAGAUAGGUGCACAAGAACUUCCAGCAAGGAUCACACAACUUCUGGAGCGCUUCAAGGACCUCUUCCCCGAAGAAGCACCCACCGGUUUGCCUCCAAUCAGGGGCAUUGAGCAUCAAAUUGAUUUUAUUCCUGGGGCACCUUUACCAAACAGACCCACCUACCGGAUGAACCCGGAGGAGACUAAGGAGCUUCAAAGACAAGUUCAAGAACUCUUGGAGAAAGGCUAUAUCCGUGAAAGCCUUAGUCCUUGUGCCGUGCCGGUCUUGUUGGUACCCAAGAAGGACGGAACAUGGAGAAUGUGCGUGGACUGUCGUGCAAUAAACAACAUCACUAUCAAGUACAUACAUCCAAUUCCACGCCUUGAUGAUAUGCUUGAUGAAUUAAGUGGAGCAACCCUAAGAUUGAUCUCAAGAGCGGAUACCAUCAAGUGCGAAUGCGGGAAGGUGAUGAAUGGAAGACGACAUUUAAGACAAAACAAGGACUCUAUGAGUGGCUUGUCAUGCCAUUCGGUCUUAUCAACGCACCCAUUCGGUCUUACCAACGCACCAAGCACCUUCAUGCGGCUCAUGAACCAUGUUCUACGAGCUUACAUCGGUAAAUUUGUUGUCGUAUACUUUGAUGAUAUUCUUAUAUACAGCAAGAGUUUUGAUGAUCACAUAGUACAUCUUGAGCAAGUAUUAGAGACCCUCCGAAAGGAAAGUCUUUAUGCGAAUCUCAAGAAGUGCUCUUUUUGCACUAAUGAGAUUGUUUUUCUAGGCUUUGUUGUAAGUUCACAGGGGUUACGUGUAGACGAAGAGAAGGUUAGAGCAAUACAAGAGUGGCCUACACCAACCAACGUCGCACAUGUACGAAGUUUCCAUGGUUUGGCGAGUUUUUACCAGCAUUUCGUAAAGGAUUUCAGCACUCUAACUGCACCUCUUACGACCGUCAUCAAGAAGGACAAGCCAUUCGAGUGGGAGAGUGCACAUGAAGCCGCAUUCAAGGCUCUAAAGGAACAACUCACGAAUGCACCUGUUUUGGCUUUACCGGACUUUGACAAGAUGUUCGAGGUUGAAUGUGAUGCAUUGGGGAUUGGCAUAGGAGUUGUGCUUCUGCAGGAGAAGCGGCCCGUGGUGUAUUUUAGCGAGAAGUUGAGCGGCGCUACACUCAACUAUCCGACGUAUGACAAGGAGUUGUAUGCCUUGGUUCGAUCCCUAGAAACUUGGCAACAUUACUUGUUGGCUAAGGAAUUCAUCAUUCACACGGAUCACGAAACGCUCAAGCAUCUUAAGGGCCAAACUACACUCAAGAGGAGGCAUGCCAAAUGGUUGGAGUUUAUAGAGACUUUCCCAUACAUCAUCAAGUACAAGAAGGGCAAAGACAACAUUGUGGCCGAUGCUCUUUCUCGGAGACACAUAUUGAUCACCACUAUGGAGGCUAAGAUAAUGGGAUUCGAAUUCAUCAAGGAGCUAUACCAAGGAGAUGCGGAGCUCGGGAAUAUUUACAAGGAGUGCGGGAAAGGAGCCUAUGGUCCUUUCUACAUACAUGGCGGAUAUCUCUUUCGCGAAAAGAGAUUGUGCAUCCCUCAAAGCUCAAUGCGAGAUUUAAUACUCCAAGAAGCACACGGUGGAGCUCUUAUGGGGCAUUUUGGUGUAGACAAGACGCUAGCCAUCAUCAAGGAGCAUUUCUUCUGGCCUCAUCUCAAGCGAGCCGUCGAACAGUUUUGUGCACGAUGUAUCACAUGUCAUAAAGCCAAGUCUCGUUCACAUCCUCACGGUUUGUAUCUUCCUCUACCUAUUCCUACACAUCCUUGGACUGAUUUGACUAUGGACUUUGUUCUCGGACUUCCAAAGAUCCGAAACAAAGACUCCAUCUUUGUUGUUGUUGUCAGGUUCUCAAAGAUGGCUCACUUCAUACCAUGCUCAAAGGCCAAUGAUGCUUCAUACAUUGCUGAUUUAUUCUUCAAGGAAGUUGUGCGUCUACAUGGCCUGCCUAGAACCAUCGUAUCGGAUCGAGAUACUAAGUUCGUGAGCUACUUCUGGAAAACACUUUGGAGAAAGCUAGGGACCAGCCUCUUAUUCUCCACUACAUGUCAUCCGCAAACUGAUGGGCAGACCGAAGUAGUAAACCGGACCUUAGCGACUCUUCUAAGAGCUACAAUUGGGAAGAAUCUGAAGAAUUGGUUGGAUUGCUUGCCACAUGUUGAAUUCGCCUACAACCGAGCUGCAAAUUCGGCUACAAAACACUCACCAUUUGAAGUGGUCUAUGGAUUCAACCCAAUCAUGCCACUUGACCUCACACCUCUUCCUCAUCGUGAGAUGGUGAGCGUAGAUGGGGAAAAGAAGGCAGAAGCAAUGAGGAAGCUGCACCAGAAGGUCCGAGACAACAUAGCAAGACGAACGGAGCAAUACACCCGACAAGCUAACAAAGGACGCAAGAACAUCACAUUCAAAGAAGGAGAUUGGGUGUGGCUACACUUGAGACAAGAAAGGUUCCCGAACAAGCGGAGUUCGAAGCUGGCACCACGAGGAGAUGGCCCAUUUCGCAUCCUUGAGAAGAUCAACGACAACGCCUACCGCUUGGAGCUUCCCGGUGAGUAUAACGUAUCUUCUACAUUUAAUAUCACUGACUUGUCUCCUUUUGAUGUAGGUGAAUCUGUUUUGGGGACAAAACCUUCUCAAGGGGGAGGGGAUGAUGAGGACAUCGAUCCUAAAGAGGAUGAGGAUGCUGCCAAGGAGGAAACUAAUGAAGAAGAGGCAAUCGAAGACGUGACAAUGCCAAUGAUGCCGGAACCACCGCUUACAAGAUCAAGGGCAAGGAGUUUUCGCACAAAGACAAAUCAAUUCGUCUCCAACAUCAUAGGAGGGCUAGAGGAGUGGAUUGGAGAAUACAACACAUUCUUGCAAAAGAGAUCAAGAACCGACGCUAAUUGGAGAAACCAAGAGCAUUUGCAUUAUCCAGCCAAAAUCAGCCAAAACCGGAGAUUAAACCAAACUAAACCAAGAUCAGAUGAUUCUCUUCAUGUGGAGUACGAAAUUUCCUUUUCAAGACCACCUAGGAGAAGAAAGGAAGAGGAUCAACACAAAUGA